AUGUCUACCACCUAUCUUCUGUCCCGUCCACUGCUUCGAGCUUUUAGUCCCUUCAAGUUCCGGCGCGCACCUACUUCAUUGUACUCCAAUCGAUGCCUGGUCACGUCUUCCAAUCCACACGGCACAUCAGUGGCAACAGGGGUAGUACGUGUCGACCAUGCGGAGGAAAUCGACAACCAGACAGUCGCUGCUAUGGGUCGCACCAAAGCAGGCAAAUCAUUGAAAGUACGCAAGUAUCCGACCUUUACAAGGCUCGAGGAUGAGCGUCUAUACCGCAAACAGCACCUUGCCGCUGCUUAUCGGGUCUUUGCUUCUCGCGGUUUUGACGAAGGAGUCGCAGGACAUAUAAGUGUCCGCGAUCCUAUCAUGACCGACCAUUUCUGGCUCAACCCGCUCUCCACCCAUUUUUCCUUGAUGCGCGUCUCGGAUUUGAUCUUGGUCAACGAAGAAGGCGAGGUAGUUGAAGGUGACCAACCCAUCAAUGCGGCCGCAUUUGCUAUUCACAGCGCAAUACACAAGCGACGGCCAGAAGUACAUGCUGCAUGUCACGCUCAUAGCGUACACGGAAAAGCAUUUAGUGCUUUUGGAAGAGAGCUGGACAUGAUUACACAAGACAGCGUGCGUUUUUACAACAGUCACAGUGUAUACAACCAGUUCGGUGGCAUCGUAUUGGCAAGUGAAGAAGGCGAAAGAAUCGCUGAUGCGCUAGGUGACGGAAAAGCAGCCAUACUACAGAAUCACGGUAUACUCACUGUAGGAAAAUCAGUUGACGAAGCAGCCUUUUGGUUUUUGUCCCUCGAUAAAACCUGCCAGGCGCAACUUCUAGUGGACGCAGCCGCAGCCGGAAAUGGGCACAAGCCAAAGAUCAUACCGGAAAGCGAAGCAGCUGAAACAUACAAACAAGUGGGCACACCUGAGAAGGGAUGGCUGGCUUUCCAGAGUUACUACGAUGAGAUUCUUGCAAGGACUAACGGCGAAUUUUUGGAAUAA